AUGCAAGCUACCGACCCUAUUCACCGUGAAGCCUGCCGUAGAACAUCACCAUGGGAGUUUCGUCUCUUCGAUGCUGAGUUUAAAGAUAAACUCCUUGUCGUCCUUGAAGAGGUGGUGGGGCUUAUCGAGUUCCUUCCGCUCUUGGCGAGUCCUAGUGGCAGAUGGGAGCACGUAAUUGGACGCCUGGGAGAAGGAAGCACGAGGCGGGAGUGA